GGUCACGUGGGCCAGGCCGGAACCCGGCGCCUCCCGCUCGGCUGGGCUCAGGAUGCGCGGCGGGCAGGGCGCGGCGCGGGCCCCGGUGAUCCAGUUCACCAACUGCCGCAUCCUGAGGGGUGGCGCGCUGCUCAGGGAGGACCUCUGGGUGCGCGGGGGCCGCAUCCUGGACCCGGAGAAGCUGUUCUUUGAGGAGCGGCGCGUGGCUGACCAGCAGCGGGACUGCGGCGGUUGCAUCUUGGCGCCCGGCUUCAUCGACGUGCAGAUAAACGGUGGGUUUGGCGUUGACUUCUCACAGGCCUCGGAGGACGUGGGUUCGGGGAUUGCCCUGGUGGCCCGGAGGAUCCUGUCGCAUGGAGUCACCUCUUUCUGCCCCACGUUGGUCACAUCACCACUGGAGGUUUAUCACAAGGUCCUUCCUCAGAUCCCCGUGAAGAGUGGUGGUCCCCAUGGGGCAGGGGUCCUCGGGGUGCACCUGGAGGGCCCGUUCAUCAGCCGGGAGAAGCGGGGUGCGCACCCGGAGGCCCAUCUGCGCUCCUUUGAGGCCGACGCUUUCCAAGAUGUGCUGGCCACCUACGGGGGCCUGGACAAUGUCCGCAUCGUGACACUGGCCCCCGAGCUGGACCACAGCCACGAGGUGAUCCGGGCGCUGACGGCCCUCGGCAUCUGUGUGUCCUUAGGGCACUCGGUGGCUGACCUGGGGACUGCGGAAAAAGCCGUGCAGAGCGGGGCCACCUUCAUCACCCACCUCUUCAACGCCAUGCUGCCUUUCCACCACCGUGACCCCGGCAUCGUGGGGCUCCUGACCAGCGAUCGGCUGCCUGCAGGCCGCCGUAUCUUCUAUGGAAUGAUCGCUGACGGCAUACACACCAACCCAGCCGCCCUGCGCAUCGCCCACCGGGCCCAUCCCAAGGGGCUGGUGCUGGUCACUGAUGCUGUCCCUGCACUGGGCUUGGGCAACGGCCGACACACGCUGGGGCAGCAGGAGGUGGAGGUGGAUGGGCUGACAGCCUAUGUGGCAGGCACCAGCACGCUGAGCGGCAGCAUCGCCCCAAUGGAUACCUGCGUGCGGCACUUCCUGCAGGCCACAGGCUGCAGUGUGGAGUGUGCUCUGGAGGCCGCGUCCCUGCACCCAGCACAGCUGCUGGGGCUGGAGAAGCGCAAGGGGACCCUGGACUUCGGGGCUGACGCAGACUUCGUGGUGCUCGACGACUCUCUUCACGUCCGGGCCACCUACAUCUCGGGCGAGCUGGUAUGGCAGGCGGAGGAGGCCAGGCCGUGACCCAGGACCAUCGUUGGAGGGGAUGCCCAGCCCCAGCUGGACACUGUCGGCUGGGCAUCGGGGAGCUGGUCUCCAGAGAGCGAAGGGAACCCCGGCCCAGGUGGAGGCCUCGGCCCAGAGGCGGCGGCUUGGAUAAAUGUGUGCCCCGUAGGGACGCACCUGGUCUCUGAGUUUUGCUUCACAGUGGGACUUUGUUCCGCCCUCACCCCGUGGCCCUUCUGUGGGGGCGGGUGGGUAUCUGUCCCUUAGGGUUGGGAGUGGCCGCAGCACCCUGCCUGUGGGAUUCUUGGGCUCAGUGGAGGCAGUGGGGCCCCUCUUUGUUAGACAGAUGUGUUGGAGGCCUCAGGCCCACAGGCAGAUGGGCCGGUUGCAAAGGAGUGAAGGGCUGGAGGAAGGGGCUUAGGGAGCAAGUGUGAGGGUUGAGAAGUUUGCCUGUGGUGCUGAGGGAAAGGGAGCUACAUCUUGGAAUGUUCAGGAAAGAACGAGAUCCAUUGCUCCUGGAGACAAGGAAAUGGUGGAAGGAGCUGGAGAAGGGAGGGGCCUCCGGUGGGCACCGCAGAGGGUUUGGGAGGCAAGGGUGUGCUGUGGGUCAUUGUCUGCACUCUUGAGUUGGCUGGACCUAGACCCAGCACUGGACCCUCCUCUCUGACCUCCAGAGUAGUCUGCACUGGCCUUGGGGCCCCUGCGCUGACCCUGGUCAACCUGCCCAACCAGCAGUCCCACGCUGCCUUGAGCCCUUGGGAUAAUUAGGGUUCCAACCCCAUUUCCUGACCUGACUCCUGAGCGGAUGCAAUGAUCCAUGUGCCCCCAGGGUUGGCAGAAAUGUGGGCGACCCUGCCUGGUGCUGGUGGGCAGCUCGAGGUCCUCAGUGUGUGUCCCCCACCCUACCUCUGUGUUUGUCCAUCAGUGUCAUCCUGUGCCUUCUGUGGCCCUGGCCCUGGCGACAGCCCCCCCAUGCUGGGAGCAUGGGCUCUUGGGCUCCUUGGAUAGAGCAACUUUGAGGUGUGGGGUGGGGGAUUCGGGGGUGCCCUGCUGGCUGUGAGGACCAUGACCUAGCAGGGGUUGGUGCAGCCCCAAGCCUGGGGUCGUCUUGACUUCCCUUCAUUUGGGUCCUGGGUGGGCGCCCCUUCUCACUUCACAGGGGAGCAGGUCUGGGGCAGAGUUGUCCACGGCCCCAGCCACUGCUCCUGCCUCCAGACACUAAAGGAGAUGUCUGGGCCCAAGUGGACAAAGAUGGUUGCAGGUCCCAGCGACUUCUGGGAAGAGCAGGGCUGAGGGGUGAUCUGGGGCUGGGGGCCACCUGCCAGAGGAACACAAGCUCCUCCACCUGCUCAGCCCAAGGCCUCCUCCAGGUGUUCUAGUGUAUUACCCCCUCCCUUCCUUCUGUCUGUCCACAGUCCAAAGGGGGUGUUCCUGUUUGUCAGCCUCAUUUGUCAGCUGGCAAAAUGGGAGCAUGGGGUCCCAGGGCUGGUGAACAUUGGCCAGAAUGUGGCCUGACUGCCCGCCCAGGGGCUUCUGAUAACGCUGCCUCUGCAGAAUCACGGAGGGGCCCAUCGACGUGGUGGUCAGGGGGGUGACAUCAGGGAGGGUGGGCUGGAGGCCAAGGGAACUGCCCUGCCCAGGCCCAGGGCUCAGGCUUAGUGUGGGGUUGAAGGGGGUGACUUUGGGGCUGGAGAGGAACCAUGGCAUGGGGAACUGAGCCCUGCAGCUGGGCUGGGAGUGUGGGUUUUGAGGUGGGGCAUUGGGUUUUGUUUUGGUUUGGGUUUUUUUGAUGUUAAAUACACGGAUCAUUCGCCAUUGUAACCAUA